UCACAGAGGAAGCAGUUAAGAUAGUAUUGUGAGCAAAAGAGGAAUUCAUACGUAACUGGGAAUGUUACAUAAGGGCAUCUUAGUGUAGGUCUGCUUGAGCAAGUUCCUGUGAUCGCAGGCAGACAAGAACCUGGUACAAGCACUCGGGUUACAAAGAUAGAAAGAGGGUGAAAAGAAUCACAUUUUAGAGUGACUGGAGCACUUUGGCUGCAGCUUGCAGUUCAGGAGGGAUUGUUUUGGGGGAGAGCCAUACGGAGAGAUUCUUGCUUUUGGAUUCAGAUGUUGGAGAGGAUUUUUGGCUGGAAACCACAAAGAAUCCAGAGGGGACAAAACCAAAAUAUUCCUGGCCAGCAGAGAGGGACACAAGGAAGAGAUAAUGACAGCGUGACGAUGUACAAGCAGUGAAUUUAUGGCGCAGGCUAAACAAGUAAAUUAGCCUAACCGUGAAUGAUUGACAAAGGACAAAAAGUCAGCAGAGAGAGGAGCUACAAAAGACAGGACUUCAGGAAGAACCACCGUAGCCUACUGGUCUUGCUUGAGCCGCUUCACAAUCGACAUUUUGGCAACUGGGUUCUUGGGUUUCCUCGAGCAAACUUUUGACAGUAUCAGUCAUGUCAGAAGAGGGAGCGUUGUCCUACAGCGAUGCCAUUCAGAAGGCCAGCGCCUCCAUCACCCGAUUCCCUCUCACUCCAGUCAGAGGAGUUCCUCUCAUGUGCCUCGUCGCCAAAAACUGGGACUCAGUCUGGGCUUUCCGUCCUGACCCGUCAGACCUCCUCAUCGCAACCUACCCCAAAGCAGGCACCACAUGGACCCAGGAGAUUGUUGAUCUGCUUUAUCACAACGGAGAUGCUGAGGCCUGCAAACGAGCCCCCACACCUGUCCGCAGUCCUUUCCUAGAGAUCUGCUCACCACCACCCAUCCCCUCAGGUCUUGAUCUUCUGAAGACAAUGGAUCCCCCAAGAAUUAUCAAGACACAUCUUCCUUUUCAGUUGGUGCCUCCUGGAUUUUGGGAAAACAAGUGCAAGACUAUCUACGUGGCCCGCAAUGCCAAAGACAACAUGGUGAGCUACUACCACUUUGAUUGUAUGAAUCUGACCCAGCCUGAGCCAGGGCCCUGGGAGGGAUACAUCCACAAGUUCAUGCGGGGAGAGUUGGGAUGGGGCUCCUGGUAUGACCAUGUGAAAGGAUACUGGGUGGAGAGAGAGAAGAGGAAUAUCCUUUACCUCUUCUACGAGGACUUGAAAGAGAAUCCUCGGCGUGAAGUGGAGCGCAUCAUGAGGUACCUGGACUUGUCGGUGUCUGAUGAGGUCAUCAGCCGAAUUGUGGAGCUCACAUCCUUUAAGAACAUGAAGGAGAACCCCAUGGCAAAUUACUCCUGCGUCCCAGCACCUGUUUUUGAUCAGUCCAUCUCUCCCUUCAUGAGAAAAGGUGAGGUGGGUGAUUGGAUGAACCAUUUCACACCCGAGCAGUCAAAGCUGUUUGAUGAAGACUAUGAAAAGCAAAUGAAGGAAGUCAACAUACCAUUCAGGACCCUCAUCUAACGGAUUUGGGCUUUUUACAAUUUUUUAAAUUGAUGCAGCUCUGUGAACCAAAGAUUGAUGAACUAACACUGUGAAGCACUAAGAGAGCAGAAAUACUGUCAAGAAAAUUGACACGAGCUAAAAACCAAAACAAUAAAAUACAUUUGUUUGACUCACUUCUGAAUGCUGGAUGUUAAAAACUAUAAUCAGUGCACCUCCUGACGUGUAGAUUAAGAGGAAAACCAUCCUAAUGUGUUUAAAGGAUCAAUAAAAAUGUGCUCCACAAUACAA